CCACCAUGGAGUCGCAGGCUCGGACUAGACUAGUUAGUGCGCGUUUAGUCAUGGUGGUGGGUGGACGUGGCGUCUCUUACUACUAGAGUUUUGCGAGUGAGGCUUGUCACAUAUGCACACCUAAAAGUGUGUUACAAGCAGUAAGAUAAUCUAACAGUUGGUCGGUGUGUUUACUAGUGUGAGCGAGAAGUUGCUGAUACAAGUGAUGUAUGUGCUUGAGUAAGGAGGCCAUUGUUGCGGUUAGUGUUACAUACCAGUGAGUGCAUACGAGUGGCUACAAGCACAGAUGCACUCUUCAACCCAGAGUGCCAUAAAUAGCGAGUGUGUGUUUUGAGUGCUGGACAAGGAAGGCGUACGUGCAUGAGUGUACGCGCGCGUACACCUGCCUGCUUCUGCCACUACCACAGUUUCUUCGUGCUGUCACACCUGCCUCAGCUCCCAUGGUGCUCAAUAGUGAGGAGGGCGGGGAGGGCACUGGAGAAGGUGGGGACGCAGCACCGCCCACACCUAGACACCACCACCACCACGCCAAACAUCUACUCAAGUAUGGCGAGCUGGUCAUCCUCGGCAAGAACUGUGAGGAAGCUGAGGCCUUGUAUAAUGGGUACCUGCCACCUUGUGACAAAGGGAGAAGACGUAGCAAGUUUGUGCUUCACCGGCGUCCAGGUGCAAAUGGUGUCAAACCUGCUAGACAUUAUGUUGUUCGAACACCUCAAAACACACAGGCUAUCCUAGAUGCUCAGCAACACAGUAUAUCAUACACACUUUCAAGGAACCAAGCAGUCAUUGUUGAGUAUCAACUUGACACUGAAACAGACAUGUUCCAAAUAGGACGCUCAUCUGAAACACCCAUAGACUUUGUUGUCAUGGAUACAAUACCUGGAGAUAAACAUGGAGAAAUGAAGGUGACGCAGAGUACAAUAAGUAGAUUUGCAUGUCGAAUAAUUGCUCACAGAACUACCCGCACCACUCAGGUUUAUGCUGCUGGCUUCGACUCCUCCAGAAAUAUUUUUCUUGGGGAAAAAGCAACAAAGUGGCAAAACAACGGGGAAAUUGAUGGCUUAACGACAAAUGGAGUCUUAAUUAUGCAUCCUCCGAGUCAGUUCUGUGGAGGAGAAGCAAAACCUGGUAUAUGGAGAGAAGUGUCAGUAGGGGGAGGUGUGUAUGCGUUGAGAGAAUCACGGUCUGCACCACAAAAAGGAAUAAAGAUUGAAGAGGAAACUAAUGUUCUUCAAGAUGGGACACUGAUAGACUUGUGUGGAGCAACUUUACUAUGGAGGUCGGCAGAGGGACUGGGCAGAUCUCCAUCGAAGCGACACCUUGAGCAGAUGGUGGAUGAAUUGAAUGCAGGUCGGCCACAGUGUCCUGUUGGUCUAAACACACUUGUGAUACCUCGAAAAGCCACUUUAACGGCCACAGAAAAGCAGCCUGUAGUGUACCUUAAUUGUGGCCACGUACAGGGGCUGCAUGAGUGGGGUCACGAGAAGGACUCCAACUCCCACACUUGUCCCAUGUGUCUUAAGGUUGGGCCAGUAGUUAAACUUUGUAUGGGCAAUGAGCCAGCAUUUUAUGUUGACAGUGGCCCCCCAACUUUCUGUUUCAAUCCAUGUGGACAUAUGGCAUCAGAAAAAACCGUCAGGUACUGGGCUGCGGUACCAAUACCACAUGGAACUAAUGGGUUCCAUGCAGCAUGUCCAUUUUGCGCCUCUCCACUUGAAGGUGAUCCAGGGUUUGUUCGACUCAUAUUUCAAGACAAUUGCGAUUAAUUCCCUCCCUUUAUACAUUGUAGUAUUAUGUAUAGACAACCUCUGGAAAUAUAUCUCCACCCUCGAGUUUAAUUUGCACUCAACGUAUUAUGUUAAUCAAGCCGGUUAAAAAGAGUGAAUCUUAAAUGCCACUUAAUAUCAUUAAAUCUGUGUUUUUAUGCAACUAGGACAUUGCUUGUUAAAUUUUUACAAAAUGAAAUUAAUAAUACAGCCCAGUUUAUUGGGUUGCACUAGCCCCUGGAAGAUGUGUGCAUUGGUUUUGAGUGAUUUUUGUGACUGCUAAAAUGAGCAAGGCCAGCACUCGUAACUAUGCAGACGAUACAAUGGACUUGAUGGCCACCCAGACACCUUACACGCUGCUUCUCACUCACUGGUCGAUGGAGUGCACUCGGAACUCUCUCCCACUCCAGGAGCACAGAGUAAAAACUAAUGCACUGGAUCGAUUUACUGAUAUCACAUUUAUAUUUUGAAGACGUCUGAUACAUUUAAAUACAUUAGAUAAAAUGGGUAAGUUGUAUCAUGGUACUAUUAGAAUGUGUGUUUAGUUCAUUGGUUGGGGCUAAGUGCCUUAUAAGUGCAGACAUUGUCUUGUGUAUAUCUCAUGGAGGUGAGAUGAAGCUUUAAACAUAAUAUCAUUGAGAAUAUAGUUACUUGGUUAAAAAAAAAAUCAUUAAAUAUAAGUAGGUGUCACUGGGUUCAUUAUCCUCACCUUGGGGGCAGCAUUGUAAUAAUAUCUACAAUUGGAAAAUUGCAUUUCGUGUACUGGAUUUGUCAAUUUUUAAAGGGAUAAGUAUAAGUAAACUUGACAGUCUUCAAUAGCAUAACUAAUUACAGCUGAUCUGAACUUGUACUGUGCCAUCUUUCACUUGGUGACUGUAUUUGAGAGUCAGAAACAUAUAGCAGACUGUGUGAGGUACAACAACACACUGUGAAAAUGAUGAUUGGAAAGUAUAAAUGAAGAGUUAUAUAUUUUCCUCUUGUGUAUGUGUAUGUAUGUAUAUAAAUGUAUGUGUAUAUUAAGUGUAUAUAUGCAUGUGAGCAUGUAUAUAUCGCUUGCUGCGUGGUGUGGGGAGGGGAUGUAAAGUGAAGGUAUGGGUGCCUUCUAUAUGCAACAACUAAGAAUACAAUACCUAUGGCCCAACUGGUGUCAAGGUUUUUGACAGUUGUAAAUCUCUGGUCGUGGUUACUCUGGUGCACAUUACAAUAAGGUUUUUACACAUCGAGGAAAGUUUAGGUUACACUUUAAGAAUCACUUUUUAGCUUUCAUUUUAUGGUGGAUCUUGAUAAAUGAGGUUUUACUGUAUAGUACAGUUAUUGUACUGUACAAACUGUGCAGUUUUCCAGGAGGGAAGUGAAACCAGGCAGUGAUUCUAUUUAAUGUUUUGUUCAUGACUGACUGCUUACUAAUAAAUAUUAUGUGAAUUUCUUGAGCCUGAAAGUAUUGGUAUUUGUUUAACAAAGUAUGGUAAUUAUAAUGAAAAUGUAAUCUGUGUAGAAUAUGUUGAGGUCUUUUAUUUAAACUGUGUAAUUCAGACAAAUACUUUUCAGUUAAAUAUAAUAUGUACAAAUAAAUAAAUGGGAUAUAAAUAAAGUGCUGAAAAAUAUUUAACCAAGCCAUGAUUUUCAGCAGUGGAUUCAGGUUGGACAAAUUUAAGUUUAGAAAGCAUAUGGGAGAGCACUAGUUUGGCUGGGUGGACCAAACUCCCAGGUGGGUGAGAGUUAUCUGCCUAGCAUAGGCCAGUAGGCCUGCAAGAAAGGACAUAUUUUAUUUGAUGACAAACUUUAAUGAAAUAAUUUUUCCAUAGAAAUGCGAGUAAAGUUUAAAAUUGAUGCAACGGAAUACUGUAUAGUCAAAAAUUAGUCUUUUUAGGGAUAAUUUACUGUGCUUGAAGAUUGGUACAUAAAUGGAAAUGGAGGAAACAACAAGGCUGACAAGAUGAAUUAGCAUGCAGUGCACAUCUUAUUCCAAUAAGUGGUAUGUAUUUAUCCUUAAUUAAAUACACUGGAACUGUAUAGUAAACCAAGUGUAGCAAUGUCUGAUGGUUCUGCCUUACUUUUUAUUGCCAUUUUGACUUAAGAUUCACAUAGUAAUUUGUAGGCAUCACUUCUCACCAGUGUUAUGCAUUAAAUACUUAUUGCAUUAAUAUACUUAUUCUAUAAAACAAGUUUUAGGCUGUUUACAUUGCCUUGAAAUGUCAAACUAGAAUAAAUUGCUCCACUAGAAAUAAACCAAGAGUUUAUUUUAUUGUAGUUAUGGAAUUUUCAACGCUAAGACGACGACAAUGUGUAUCUCAUAUUGUGAUCCCAAUAUUAUGAUACUUUAGUUCCAUAAAGGUAUACCACUGAUAUAGCAGCUUGAUGCCGUGAAGUAUUAUAUUACCUUCACAGGUCACCUUCACCCUUAAGGCAAGAUGCCUUGAUGCUGCUGAAGCACUCUUAAUGCUGUAAGUUAAAACUACCUUCCUAUUCUUCAUAUCAAACCUGAUUACUUCCCUUUUCCAAGGCACUGCAUAACCCGUAUGGGUUUAGCACUUCCACUUAAUUUAUGUGUACGGGCAGACCACUUGACGUUCAUUUAAAUAGCAAGUUUUUAAUAAAAUAUUUAUGCUAAAAAAGAUCUAUAUGUUGAGUGAAUUGUGUGUUUAUGCCCACAUUUGUAGAGUGCACUCAGGAAAUCCUUUUAGUAGUAAGUCAGUGUUAGUCUUGUAUCUGGAGUUUAUCUGGAGAGAGUUCCGGGGGUCAACGCCCCCGCGGCCCGGUCUGUGACCAGGCCUCCUUAGGUCAGUGUCCCAGGAUGCGACCCACACCAGUCGACUAACACCCAGGUACCCAUUUUACUGAUGGGGAACAUAGACAACAGGUGGAAAGAAACACGUCCAAUGUUUCUACUCUGGCUGGGAAUCGAACCCAGGCCCUCACCGUGUGAAGCGAGAGCGUUAACGGAAAGUUCACAGUUAUAUUUGAAGCGGUAAUAGCAGUUUAGGUAAGAGUUGGAAUACAUCAAGUGGUCAGAAAUAUUGCUAAUGGAAAUGUCUAUUGAUACUACUAUCACAUUAUUACAUAAAUGACCUUCAUAUUUUUAUUUAUACAUAAUUGAUUUUUGUUUUUAAGGUUGUGUAUUCCUGAUCAUUCCUGCUUAUGCUGUAUAAGAGUAACUUAAUGUCAGUGAGAGACUCUUGAUCCAAGACACUGAACUACUUGUUCUGGAGAUCAAAUCUGAUUUCCUUUCAUUCCCCAGGUGUUAUUACCCCUGUGGGUUUAGUGCCUACUCAUAAUGUAUGGAUGUAUACGUACAUGUAUGACUGUGUGCAUAUGGAUCUCAGUCUCAGAAUUGAAAACAGUUCACAGUUGCUUAAAAAUGGCCAUUUUCUCGAGUUUGAUAGUUGCCUUGUAUGAAAAUCAUAUAUAUGCACAUUGAAAUUAGUCUUUAAUGUAUUUUUUCAGAUUUAAAAAAAGAAAAAGAAAAAAGGCAUUUUAACUAUUAACCCUUAAAAUGUCACUUUUGUCGAUCCAUUAUUGGGGCCAGUGGCGCUUGUGUAGAUCUUUGUGAUUGGGGCCAGUGGCGCUUGUGUAGAUCUUUGUGAUACUCCUAGCACACUCAGAUAUGCUGUGACUGGUAAAUUUUGGCUUGGACAUGAAAGAAUGGGUCUGCACAAUGGGUGGGCAUAGUAUAAAAAAAAAAACCUAGCUACACAGUGCAUGAUAAGAACAGUUAACUUUUGAUCUUGUUUGGAUUAAAAUAGUGACUUUGAG